UGCAUUUUACUGAAUCUCCUAUUCAGUUUCUCGGUGUCAGACUCUGCCAUCCCCACAAUGAAAAUCGCUGUUGUAUUUUUACUUGUGGCUCUAAGCAGCUAUAUUGAUGCUGCCCCAACACAACCAAGUGGCUGUCUUGAACAACUUUUGGAGUCGAAUGCACCAAACCUUCUUCAGAGUGUUGGUGACUUACUCUGCAACUACCAAGUAGCUAAGCAACAAGCCAACGGAGCCCUGUUCAUCAAUUUUCUAAAUGAAGUAAAUACGCUUUUGGGAAACAUUGGAUGCACCAUUACUGAUAUUCUUGGCACAGAUGUGACUAUAAACCCCUCUAAUGCUGAGGAAAUUGCUGAUGCCGUUGCUGCUAAGCUGUUUCAAUUUGUUGAAAAUGUUAUUGCAAAAGUGGAUGACAUUUUGAAAGAUAUUCCGAUAAUUGGUGAUAUAGUGGGAGAUCAAACCCUGACUGGAGAUGUGAGGCAUUUUGCAUGUGGAGUGUUGGUUGAUAUUUUAACAUUUGCAGACAAAGUAAUGCAAAUUGCUGCUGAAAUAGCUGGAAUUUUUGCCAAAAAUUAAGCAUAACAUCUUCAAAACAUUUAAAUAUAGAAGAUGGAUGGAUAUAAUGGUUAUAUUUUAGAUCCUUUAAGUUGUUUUGGUUGCAGAAAAUAUCCUCACUACACUCUUCAUUUCAUAUUUAUCUCCUGUUAACCAAUAACGCUUGGCCUUGAGCUGUGCUACAAUAAAGUAUCUAUACCAAAUCUUG